UGCUUGUCAUCGCCGCCGAAGCCGAAUAUAAUUUGUAAUUAUUUGCAGUAUUUUAAUUUACAAGUCGACAAUAUUUCAACUAUAAUAAUUUUACGCAUUUAAAGAGUCUUAUACAAAAGACCUGCAGACCGUGAUCAACAAUGAGUUCUAUUGGAACUGGAUAUGAUCUGUCCGCCUCACAAUUCUCGCCGGACGGCAGAGUAUUUCAAGUAGAAUACGCAGCGAAAGCCGUCGAGAACUCUGGUACAGUGAUCGGUCUCAGAGGAAAGGAUGGAGUAGUGUUUGCGGUUGAAAAGCUAGUUACUUCAAAGUUGUAUGAACCGGGCGCGAACAAGAGGAUCUUCCAUGCGGAUCAACAUGUGGGAAUUGCUGUGUCAGGGCUCAUUUCCGACGCCAGACAAAUUGUUGAGACUGCUCGCAGCGAAGCUUCCAGCUACAGGAACCAGUAUGGUAUGCCGGUGCCUCUCAAGUACUUGAAUGAGCGAGUGUCCAUGUACAUGCAUGCAUACACACUGUACAGCGCUGUUCGCCCAUAUGGAUGCUCCAUUGUGAUGGGAACUUGGUCGGAACAUAACGGGCCUGAGAUGUACAUGCUUGACCCUAGUGGAGUGUCUUUUUCAUACUUCGGGUGUGCAGUGGGAAAAGCAAAGCAGGCGGCAAAAACUGAAAUUGAGAAGCUCAAGUUAGCGGAUUUGACAGUUAAAGAACUUGUCAAAGAGGCAGCUAGGAUCAUCUACCUCGUCCACGACGAGCUAAAAGACAAGCAGUUCGAGCUGGAGCUCUCAUGGGUCAGCAAGGACACGAAGGGUAAACACGAACUGGUCCCUCGUGACAUCGCCGCGGAGGCAGAGAACACCGCGAGGCAGGCGCUAGCCGAUAUUGAGGACUCGGACGAGGGAGACAUGUAACGCGAUUAGAUUAUACGUUUUUAAUAAUA